AAGAAAGCGCAGAAGAAGCUCUGCAUGAAACUGUGUUAUUUCUUGAAAUAGAUAAAGUGGAGGUGUGGUCUGCAUGAGGGUGUUUGUGGGCUAAGUUUGGCAACUACAGCUGCAUCCUUUUGUUUUAUAUACUUAAUUGUCUCUCUAUUAAGUAAUUGGUUUUCUUGGAGAGAGGACUGCUAGUGUAGUGUGUAGUGUCUGAAAGUUUUGAUUUUUAAGGUACAAAGAAUAAGUCUCUGUCAUACCAAAUAAAAGAACCCAAUUAGAAGAUACACAUCAUAAUCACAUGCAUUUUGCUCUACUUUUUUUUCUUUCAUAACAAACCCAUUUAUUUAUUCUUUACUACUACUCUAUACCCUCUCUUCUCCUUCAUUUCCCUAGUAUACAAAAACCCACAUUUCUCUCAUCUUCUUCACACACCUGAAGAAAAAAUAUCAAAGGAGAAAACAUCUCCAACCCUCCAAUCCAAGUUUAGUUUAUAGUGUGCUUUGAAAGGUGCUUUGGUGAUCAUAAUUUCUAGCCUGAAGUAAAAGAGAUCAAAGAGAUAAAUAGUACUACAAGUUGUAGGAAUAUUUUCUCAGCCUCUUGGUCUUGCAAAUGGAGAAGUUAACACAAUCUUUGAGAUCCUUUGAGCAGCAACGGGGUGAUAUAGGAAAGACACUUGAGGACCUACAAUCCAUCUUUAACGAGCUUGUAGAGCGUGAGAAAGAAAUCCUCACUGAGGAAAAGCGUAUGAAAGAUCAAGAACUGAAGUUUAAGAUAGAGUAUGGAAGAAUUUCUGAGCUGAAAGAAAGCCAAUUGAAAAAGGUGGAAGCAUCUAUUCAUAAUUGCUUGAAGGAACUUAGUUUAAAAGAAGAGGAGUUCAAUGUUGUUGCUAGUAAAACAAAACUAGAGGAGCAAAGACUCGAGGCGAUUCAGAAUUCUGUGAAGGAAUGCUCUUGUCAAUUGGAAUCGGAAAAGAAGGAACUUGAGUAUGUUAAAGCAUUCAAAGAGAACAAUCUUGCCUCACUCAAGAAAACAAUGGUUGCUUUGGAGAAGAAAAAGGUGGAAUUGGAAAGCAUUAUACAAUUGCAGGAAGAAGAAAUGGAGUCCAGAUUGAAGGAGCUUGAACUGAUGGAGAAACAUGUCCAAGAUAUCCUUAAAGAGGCACAGUUGAAAGAAAAGAGUGCUUCUUCUGCUAGAAAGUUUGUUGCUGAAGCCCAAAAAAAUAUAGAUCAACACCAACAAAAAGAGUUGGAGUUUGAGAUAAAAGUUGAUGAAUUUCAACGAAGGCUGCAACAGUUUGAGCUUGAAAAAUCAGCAUGGUUGGCUGAAAAAAACAAAAUGGUUGGUGUUGUUGUAAAGAUUGAACAACAACAAGAAACAAGGAGUAAAGGACCACUACCAGAUGUUGAAGUAAGUAUUCAAAACCUCAUCGAAAUAGAGGAAGUUAUUCAUGCUGUUAAGCUCAUUUGUCAGCUGAAACUAACUAACAAGUUUUCACCUGUGUCACUACUGCUUGAUUACAUCAAGAAUUCUGAGAAUCAAACCUCCAUUGUUUGUAGAGGAAAGAGAUCAAAUAAAGACAAGAUUAAAGCUGCUAACAAAGAGAUAGCUAUAUUGAAAGCAGUGAAGAAUUGCAUUCAAGAUUGCAAUCUCGAAUCUGUGUUCCCAAAAGUCAAAUUCUACCAACUGGGUCAGCGCUGUAUUGAAUUAGAACAGAAGCUUGAACUCUACAGCCUACAAGAACAAUCGGGAAAAAGAAAAAAAGACGAUUCAAUUGUUGGCCAAAGGAUUAAAAUCAAGUAUUAAUAGAAAUAUUGAUACAGUUGGUGCUUCAUCAAACCACUCUUAAUUUACAGUGUUAAUACUGCUACUGCCAAGGCAACAGACAUUGCUUGUAUAUAGUUUAGCCUAUAAUCUAUUAAAGUUAUGACUUUUAAUGUUUAGAUUUGUUAACUAACUAACUGUUUUGACAGUUGGUUAGUUACAGUUCUGUUAUUUUCCUUUGCUUUGUUUGUUAUUAUUCUGUUGUAUUUGUUUUGGUUCUGUUGUAAUGCUUGGUGUAUAUAAACACCUUUAGUUCAUUAAUAAAAUUUGAGCUUCUUUUCA